AUGAACAACUUAUUUAGCAUAAAGAUUCAUCACGGAGGGUCUCUGGAAUAUUUUCCAACAGACGAUGUCAAAGUCAAGUAUGUGGGAGGCAUACUCGACGAAUGGCCAUAUGACUGUGGCCCGGACGAUUUGACUUUAUAUGAUGUUGUAAGAUGCUAUCGCCGAUUAGGAUAUCGAGGGGAUAUCUUGUCAGUCUAUUAUCGGAUACCUAGUUUGGACCUUCAAAAUGGUCUUAAACCCCUUCGAAAUAAUAUUGAUUUCUCAGAUAUGAUGGAGGUCACAAGAGGCCAUAAUGAAAUUAAUCUGUACACAAGACAUCUCCACAAUAUUGAAAUACCUCCUCUAGAGGUCUCUGAUACGGAUGAGGAAGAAGAAGAGGAGGAAGACAAAAAUGAAGAAGAUCAAGAUAAUGAUCUUAUGACCACUGAUGAUGAUGAUGAGGAUGAGGAUGAGGAUGAGGAUCAUGGUGGUGAUGAUGACAAUGGAGAAAAUGUCAGAGACCUAAUGAUGGAGAAAAAGUCAUAA